UCAGUGGACUAUGGGAGCACUUAUAUAAAACUGAAUAAUAAGGUUGGGUCAACCUUGGCUUGCCUCUACGUCUGCCCAACCAACAAGAGAAAGGUGUGUAUAACAUCUCCAUGGUAAAUGACUCCAGUGAUAAGCAGAGUAUUAUGUGUUUAUCCAGGAAGUGUAUUGUUUAGUUUAGUGUGUGUAGUGUAUUGUUGAGUUAAGACUAGUUUCUGGAAUGAUGUUAACUCCAGUUAGAGGGAGCAGGACUCCAAAUAAUGUUUCAAUGUUUAUUAUCAGCACCAAACCAUUCCAUCUUGGUUCUGAACAUUGUCAUUCUUGGUAUAUUCACAUUGAUGUAUUCAGAACACCCAAGCUAUUUCUUACAAAAAGGUGCUAUCUAGAACCUAAAAGAGUUAUUUGGCUGUCCCCAUAGGAGAACACUUUGAAUAACCCUUUUUUGUUCCAGGUAGAACCCUUUUGGGUUCCAUAUACUGUAGAACCCUUUCCACAGAGGGUUCUACCUGGAACUAAAAGGGUUCUCCUAUGGGGACAGCUGAAGAGCCCUUUUGGAACCCUUUUUUCUUGGAGUUUAGUGUCAUUCGACAAUCCUACCCAGACACCAGUUCAUAGAGAUUUCUGCUAUAUUUCUGCUACACCUCACUAACUUCCCCACACUCACUGACUACUCCACUAUACCCCACACUCACUUACUACAGUACCCCACUCACUUCAACCACACAAUGACUAACUACCUCACUAUAACUACCGUACUAAAAAUCACUAAGAUAUUUUACCACAAGCUGUUCUGUUGGUCAGUUUAUUAUUGACUAAUGAUUUUGGUACAUCAUGUCGCUUUUGCUUUCAUCAACAAUGCAUUUAUACAGCUGUUUAUUCCUAAUGUUGUACAAUGACAUGCAAUCAUAUCCUCCAUUGAGCACAAUGAUCCAUACUCUCUUUCUCUCCCUCCCCCCCCCUAAUUUCUCGCCCCUUCUGUACUUUAGAUAAUGAUGCUUAGCGACCCAGAGCUGGAACACAGUGUACUCAUCAGCUCGGAUGAAGGUGCCAGCUUCGAGAAGCAUCCCAUUAACUUCUACAUGGACGGACUGCUGUUUCAUCCAACACAGGAAAACUGGCUGCUGGCUAGCAGUCCUGACAACAAGGUAAGCAGCAGCACUUUUAUUUCAAUGUUGAAUGGAAAAUAAAUAUUUCAAGUUGAAAGAAGUCCAAAGUUGAAAGAUACUGCUAAAGUAUUGAACAAUUCUGUUUUGUAUUUUGUUCUUUUAUCAACUGUUCUGCAUUACAAUCAUAAAGGUUGACGUUACAAACUUGAUGUGAAAUGUUGCAUAUUCCACUAAUGUUUGAUCACAUUCAUGUAUUAUCAGGUGUACAGCACAAUGGACUUUGGUAGAAAAUGGCAGUUGGUUAGUGAGAACGUGACUCCUGGACGGUUCUUCUGGUAUGAUUUCAUUCCUGCCCAUGUUUGUCAUUAUUAAUUUAGAAAAACUCCUUUCUAUAAUCUCUUUAUCAUAAAUCUAGGAAAUAUGAGAGAUAAAAUUAGCAUUUGUGUCUUAUAUUGAAUUUCAUAUGCAAAUUGGAAAUGCUAUCUUUCAGCUACCUUGAAACAUAUUAUGUAUGUAAAGCCCAUUGUCUUAUAGUCUUACACAUACCAAAUGACCAAGUUCAGUGUGAGGUCAAAUCUAAUUUUUUUAUUACUAAAAUUAAGGUUAUGUAUGGAUCCCUACCCAACUCUGUCAGACUAGUGUAUAUCAAAACAGGUCUUGACAGAUUAUGACAACCAACCAUAAAGUGUUGGCCUACAGUACUUGAACCCAUAUCACGUAGCCAGGAAUAUUGGGCUACUCUUUCUAAAGCCUAAGUCUGACAUGUUGUUUUUGCUCGUUGUCAUUCUAUAAUCUCAAGUGCACGGACACAAGGCAGUGAAUAUUGAUGUGAUGCUGUUUAUCCCGGUCUGUCAUGUUGUGUAUCAAACCCAAGUGCCUCUCAAGCUGAGAAAAAAAGGACAUUGUUUGGAGGUCACCCCACAUGAACAGCAAAACAAUUGAUGAAUAAGGACAGCAGGAGGGGUGUAAUUGCACCCCACACAAGACAAUAAUAUGCUUGGACAAUUUAUGAUUUUACACAUGAAAUGUUUAACUGCUUGAAUUUACUGCCUGCAUUAAAUGCUUUUGCCUCUAUAUAAUGUUUCUAGAAUAGUACCAUAUAACAGAGUUUACCUUGCCUUUAUGUCAUAUUACAAAUUAUGAAUGAGAGAGAGAGAGAGAGAGAGAGAGAGAGAGAGCGAGAAAGAAAGAAAGAAAGAAAGAAAGAAAGAAAGAAAGAAAGAAAGAAAGAAAGAAAGAAAGAAAGAAAGAAAGAAAGAAAGAGAAGACCACAAACCUACAGGAAAUGGAGAUGUGUUGUCUGUGCUGUCCAUCACGGGCUGCCACUGUCCUCUUAUGGUGAUCCCCCUGCUUCUAAAUUGCUCCUCUUCCCCCUCAUCUUCCUCUGCAUCUUCCCCACUCUCUACUUCCCCCUCCUCCUCUUCCUCCUCUUCACCAUAUAAUUUUUCCCCCUCCUCUUCUUCCUCCUCUAAAUUGCUGUUCUCAAUCUUCCCCUUUCUCAUUCUCCUCCUCUUCCUCCUCUUCCUCCACCUUUCACCUUCCUCCCUUCUUGUCCUAUUUUUCCUCCACCUCUGUCUCCUAUGUUGCAGGGCACAAACGGGGCUGGACAGAGAGGCAGAUGUGGUCCACAUGGAGACCCACAUCGCCAAAGGACGUGAGUGCUGUUCUGUAACUUGCCUCACUCCCCUGCAGUAGCAGGACCCCAUGGAUCCCUUGCCUCUUAUUUAGAGCGAGGUCACUGAAAAGAUAAGGCUCAUUCCUGGCUGUGGGAUAGGUCCCAGAAGCACGUAAAGCAGAAUACGAGUAUCUUGACAAAUAUAGAGCUUUAUAUAAUAGAUUGAUAGAUGUAUUUCCCCUUCAAUCAGUCCCUUGUACCUCAUAUCAGAACCUAAAUUCUCCAAAAAUGCUAACAAUAUAGACCUUAUUCAAUCAAACCAAUUACCAGGAUUCCUUGGCGGGUCAAAAUAGUAUUACUUGUGUGAUGUGAGAGAGAAUGAUUGAAUUGUCAACACGUUUUUUGUUUUUGUUUCAUUGAUUCUUACAGUGCAAGAGGAAUGCUAUUUUUAUCUUGUCCCUGGAAAAUGGAGAAUAGGUUUGGAAAGUUUUAGUGCCCACUAAAGAUAGACAGAAGUCCAUUAGCUUGUGAUUUUUCUUCAUUGGUUGGUUGUUCUAGGAUUGUUACUGACAACUAAUAUUGUUAUCUUCUGUGUUAGGUGCUCAGUAUGUUACAUGCAGAGCUCAACGAUGCACAGAAUCUAACAGACAAUACCUGUUCCCGGGACACAUAGACCAAAAUUCUCUGGUUGUUCAGGACGACUAUGUGUUCGUUCAGGUGUGUACUGUAUCUAUUUAUUACGCCAGUGCAUUUUAAGUGUUCACAAAAGGCUUCCGUGUUUCUGUGAACUCUGUUCUUCUGCUGCAUCCAAUCUGUGUUGUACCAUUGAAGUCUACAAAAUGGCAUUCCUUCCAAACACCUGCUGCACUUAAUGUCUGAAUUUUCUAUUGUCUAAGCUGCCUAUGAUGUUGAAGGAUUUUCUGACUACUGAAACAUUUUCUCACGUCUGCUGAAUGCUUUUCUUAUAAUCGGGCAGGGAAUCUGUAUGGAGUUUGCCGUCAUUAUUGCCAACCAGGUUUACAUGAAAUCGGCUGGCGUUAGGCAAUGGCAUUGUGUGUCAUUCUCUCCUGUUGCCAUGGAUUUCCAUUUACAGCUGAAGAUGUCUGACUUUCUUUGUCAGCUUUGCUGUUCCUCAAUUUAUACAGUUUUGCAGUGCUAACGAGGGUUCAGGUUCACUCAUGGUGUAACAUUAUUUAAUAAUAUGAUGUAGAAAUUGUUUGCUGAGACUUAAAAUACAUACAGUAAGUGUUAUUUAAGUUUAGAAUGAGACAGCUAUGUAAUGUGGUGUUUAUGAUGAAUGCGGCAUCUUGACGAUAAAAAUCAUCUUUGUGAGUAUGUAGAUAAAUGGUAGGAUUGCACAGUGGUGAGUUGAUUUGUUUCAACUCUGUCAAUUCAGCGAUUUAAUUGAAAAUAUGAUUAAUGAACAAAAUAUUCUCAUUCUAAAUAAUUAGUAACUGUCUGGGUCAUAAAUAAUGAUCCAAUACAAUGCCUGAAUCGAAUUGGAGUUUAGAUGGAAUUGACCCCAGCAUCAUAGAUUUAGGUGAAAAUAGCCCAGUUAGACACAUAUGACUCGUGGCAGGGAGCUGUAGCGGUACAGAGGACUUUCUUGUGACUUUCAUUGCUUGGGGCAGUUGGAUUUAACUUGACAAAGAGUAAUGAGGUUAUUGAUUGGGCUACAACAAAAUAAGCAGUCUUCAACAACUCCCGAAUGUCUCUUGGGGGAGAAGGAACAGCCAAGUGCAACAUCCUCAGAAAUCUGGCCUGGGAGAAUGCAGUUCAUUGAUAGAAUAUUCCAUUAGAGCUCUAAUGUUCUAAUGUAGUGUGUUUAGAGACAAUCGUCAUCCAUCUAGUUGAGUAGAAACUAAGAAAUCAAGUGGUUUGGGCCAGAGAGUGGAGUGGUGCUAGUAGUACAUCUAAGACACAUGUAGAGAAGGACACAACUAUUUGUAGAGUAAUUGUAAAUACAGUAGUAUGUCAUUUGGAUGUUGGUGUAUGAUCUUAUUUUGACUAUUCUGUGUUGUAGCAUCAAGUCCCUAAAUUAUGAAAAAAUGUAUGAUUUGAAAUUGAUUUCCUUAUUAUAAUUGUUUUAAUUAUUGUAUUGAAGUGGCUAAACUCGACUUACCUGAACUGGAUUUAAGUUGGACCUAGAUUUGAAUUUCCAGAAUGUAGUUUCAUUCCAAUGGAGUUCUUCUGUGGGGUGAGUCAGUGCUUCGACAAUCUUAAGUCGAGGUGGAGUAAAAUAAAAUGGGUUUGUUAAAGUCAGUGACAUUUCAAAUGGAUUCAUUCUAAUGAAGGCCAGCAUGCCUGAAACAUCGAUGAGUUUAACAUACUCAAUAAAAUAUGAACUUCACAAGCGAGAAUUGUGCUUACUCGCCCACAAGAGCUAUUGACGUAAGACCUUUUUUUCUUCUACAGGUUACCAAGUCAGGGCAGGCGAGUUACUUUGUGUCCUAUAUGAGGGAAUCAUUUAAACAAAUUCAACUACCCAAAUACUGUCUUCCCAAGGUAAGCAUCAAACUACCCAAAUACACCUUGCAAUAAAUACAGCAGCAGUUUGAGGACAUGAGACAAUUUUUAUUUCUGAAGCCUCCCUUUACUCACUCUGAGGUACACUGCUGUCUCAUGUUGUGGAGAUGGAAAGCUGCUCAUCUUGAAGCACACUGAUGAUAGAUACUCUCUCACUUGUUAUUUCUCUAUAUCGCUCUAUAGUAGAUUGUCAAUUUGAAGAGUUUAUUUCCAAAACGCUAUAUCCACCAAUUUUUCACAUUUGUAGGGGGGGGUCAUCAGAAAUUAUAGCUUAUGGGUAUCUUCAUGUCUGUGUAUAAAAUACUGCUCUCAGAUUUUUAAUUAAUAGAUUUUAGAUUUGUAUUAUUAUUUUUAUUUUUUAAUCACUCUAUAUAUCCAUUGUUUAGCUGGAAUGAAAUGUUAGUAUCCUGCAUAUUUCACUGUGAUAUGUGAUUGUUUCACCUUACUGUAAGUCACUCUGGAUAAGAGCAUCUGCUAAAUGACUAAAAUGUCAAAUGUAAAUGUUUUACAUACAGAUCUCACAUGACUAUAUUAUAUUGAUAAAUAUUAUUAAAUAUUGAUGUCACAAAUGUAUCAUUUGUACAGUUCUUUAUAUAAAAAAAGUGUUUUUUGUUACAUUUGACUGUGUAAAGCCUAGCAGUACAACUUAUUUAUCUGAGGGUGAGAUGGAUAUAUAGAAUUUAGCAAAGAAACAUGAUUAUUUGUCUCUCUGAAAUGAAACCAUCAAGUGUUAGAUUUUAAACAAAUGCAUGUUUGUCAUUGAACAACCCCAUGCCAUGAUUAGAUAGUGAAAAGACACACUAAUCACUUUUGUAUUUUCUUUAAACAAUAAAAGCUAAUUUACCAACAUUUCUGAAAAUGGAUAUAUAGUGUUUUGGAAUGAAACUCUUCAUUUGUCUCUACCUACCUGCCUGUCUGUUCAUCCUUCCACUCUCUCUCUCUCUCUCUCUCUCUCUCUCUCUCUCUCUCUCUCUCUCUCUCUCUCUCUCUCUCUCUCUCUCUCUCUCUCUCUCUCUCUCUCUCUCUCUCUCUCUCUCUCUCAUCUAACAGGACAUGCACAUCAUCAGUACAGAUAAGAAGCAGGUGUUUGCAGCUGUACAGGAGUGGAACCAGAAUGACACCUACAGCCUGUAUAUCUCAGACUCUCCAGGGGUCUUCUUCACUCUGUCUCUAGAAAACCUCAGAACCAGAAGAGAGGCAGGCGGAAAUUUACUGGUCGACAUGUAUAAGGUACAUCUACUGUGUGUUUAUUUAAGACACUCUCCCUGUGGAAGGACCUCCAUAAGGUGCUCUUAGGUAUACCAUAUUUCUAUGUUCAGUACCGUUUGUUUGGUCCCUCUGAAAGGCACACUUCCUAUGUAUAAUUUAAUCACUACUGUAGUUUUGCGUAGUGCAAGGACUUUUCAUAACCAUUAAGUUAUUGUUUAAAAUAAUUACAUACACUCUCUCUCAAUGUGAUAUCUCUUUUAUUUUAUCUGUUUGGCUUAUUGUCAUUCUAGGUAGAAGGAAUAAAUGGCAUAUUUCUCGCCAACAAAUUGGUGGACCAUGAAGUGAAGACAUUCAUUACCUAUAACAAGGGUCAGACCUGGGCCUUUCUUCAAGCCCCUAACACCGAUGUGGCUGGAAACAGUCUGCACUGCAUCCUGGUGAGCUGAAGUCAUUUGGGUGGAUGAUAUUGCUUCUUGAAGAAUUCAUUAAUCAAAUGUUUCAACCCACCGGAAGCUCGUUGAUUUAAGUUAGAGUUGUUCAUGGCAGUUGCCUGGUCUCAAAUCAGUUUUAUCUUUUACUUCUCUACAUUGUCAAGCAAAGGGUUGUUAGGAGAAUCUCAUCCUAGACGUAUAGUCCAAUACAUUCCAGUCCAUCAAGCGGUUCAAAAUCUACAUUAACCUCAACUAUUUCAAUUUGCCACCUUAAUCACUGUAAAUACAUCAUCCUAAUGAAAGUUACAUUACAAGAAAUGGCAGUUAGAAAGUGCCCCAUGGUGAUCUGUGUUAGAUUUGUUUGAUAUAUACAUUUAAAUAAUCCAUUAUUUUUUAUAUGAAAAGCGAGUUAACAUAAUAUGCACAUAUUAUGCAUUUCUAAAUGAAUGAGAGGAAAAAUUGAUAUAAUACUGUUUUUGUCUGUCAUACAAAUGUCCGUUGUACUCUGGCCUCCCCUCUGGGGGAGUUACAUCAGAGAGAUUAGUAAUUUAGAUUUAUCAGUAAAUUAAAUAAUUUUGUCAGAUUAAUCUUUGCAUCUUGGGGAAUGUUUUAUUACAUGUUUGCUUCAGAAUGGAACAGCCAGCUCCAAUGUCCUCUGUAGGCAGUUUCAAUCUGUUGGUGGAAAAGAUUUUAAAAGUUUAUCUGUUCCAUAAAUGGUCUUUGCAAACUUCCUUUUCAAAGAGAGAUUAGUUUGCACAGUUUGAACACAGAGUCAAAUAUAAAUGAGUCAGAAAUACACUGAGUAUAAAAAACAUUAAGGAUACCUGCUCUUUCCCUGAAAUAGACUGACCAGGUGAAUCCAGGUAAAAGCUAUGAUCCCUUAUUGAUGUCACUUGUUAAAUACACUUAAAUCAGUGUAGAUGAAGAUGAGGAGACAGGUUAAAGAAGGACUUUUAAGCCUUGAGACAAUUGAGACGUGGAUUGUGUAUGUGUGCCUUUCAGAGGGUGAAUGGGCAAGACAAAAUAUUUAAGUUCCUGUGAACUGGGUAUGGUAGAAGGUGCCAGGCGCAUCGGUUUGUGUCAAGAACUGCAACACUGCUGGGGUUUUUACGCUCGACAGUUUUCAGUGUGUAUCAAGAAUGGUCCACCACGCAAAGGACAUCCAGCCAACUUGACACAACUGUGGGAAGCAUUGGAGUCAACAUGGGCCAGCAUCCCUGUGGAACACUUUCGGGUUGUUCUUAAUGUUUGGUAUACUCAGUGUAGAUCCUUAUAAGAUGUGUUUGAUUUAGUAUCUUGAUUUGGCAGCCAUUUUGUUCUCUGCAUCUGCACCUGGAUAUGCCUGUGAACCCUUACCUGCCUGGACGCAUCUUCAGUAAGGACUCAGCACCAGGGAUCAUCGUAGCCACAGGUAGGACAGAAGCCGAAAAGGUUGAUACUGCAUGGUAUUUCUGUUCUAGCAACAAAAUAGUAAAGGCAGGCACAGCUGUUAACUGUUUGCAAACUUUUUUCUGUGGUAGAAAUGUGAAAAAUCUUCAAAUAGAAAACAGAUCAAUAAAAGUGUUCAUAAUGGGAUAAAGUCAUCCAAUGACUAGGGGCAGUCUAAAAUAAAAUAAAAUAAAAGGAGCUGCAUAGCUAUGAUAAUGUUAUGCACGUUUAUUUUCUUUGCAAGUAUGUGUCUUUACUAUGCAAAUAUACGGGUAUAUGAAUUCAUAUUCAUUAUUUAUUUUCAGGCAACAUUGGUACAGAGCUGUCCUCCACUAACCUUGGGAUGUUUAUAACAUCUGAUGCUGGCAAUAGCUGGAGAAAGGUGAGACCCAUCUUUGCCUCAAAAUGGUCUCCAACUUCAGUUAGUUUUUCCUAAAUGUACAUUAUGAAUGUGAACAACUAUUGAUGCAAAUCAUAUGUUUAUUGUCUUCUACUUUUUAUUAGAUUUUUGAAGAAGAACUCGGUGUUUGGUUUCUUGACAAUGGAGGUGCUUUAGUUGCAGUGUCUUUAGUUGCAACAGUACCCAUCCGGCACGUAUGGUAUGUUCAUUGUAAUUAUACUGUAGUGUACUGUACAGUGCCUUCAGAAAGUAUUCACACCCCUUGACUUUUUCCACAUUUUGUUGUGUUCCAAAGUGGGAUUAAAAUUGAUUUAAUACUCUGUAAUGUCAAAGUAGAAGAAAUAUUCUAACAUUUAUUAAACAUUUAUGAAAAAUAAAACACUAAUAGAUCUUGAUUAGAUAACUAUUCUCCCCCUGAUACAAUGCAUGUUAGAAACAUCUUUGGCAGCGAUUACAGCUGUGAGUCUUUUUGGGUAAGUCUCUAAGAGCUUUGCACACCUGGACUGUACAAUAUUUGCCCAUUUGUCACACCCUGGCUCUGGGACUCUAUAUGUUGAGCCAGGGUGUGUUCAUUCUAUGUGUUGUAUUUCUAUGUCGGGAGUUCUAGUUGUGCUGUUUCUAUGUUGGCCAGAGUGACUCCCAAUCAGAGGCAACGAGUGUCAGCUGUGGCUGGUUGUCUCUGAUUGGGAGCCAUAUUUAAAACUGUCUGUUUGCCCUUUGUGUUUUGUGGGAUCUUGUUCGAGUUGGUUUGUGUUUGACCGUUGACUGUCACGUUAUCGUUUUCUUGUUUUGUUCGUGCUUUCACUUAAUAAAGAAGUAUGUUCGCAACUAACGCUGCGCAUUGGUCUACUCCAUAUGACGAUCGUGACAGAAGAUCCCACCACUCCAGGACAAAGCAGCGUGUCCAGGAACAGGCGGCCUGGACAUGGGAGGAAGCGCCAGGAAAGGAGCUGGAGAGGUUGGCGAUGGCCCAGGUGGGCAAAGUGUGGUCCUGGGAGGACAUGCUCGGGGGGAAAAGGGCCAUGGGCUAGGAUUAAGGCCCUGGCGAGAGAGGAGCAGCGGCGUCAGCAGUGUCGUCGUCGGACGGACGAGAGGCAACCCCAAAAAAAAUUUAGGGGGGGGCACACGGCAUGGGCGACUGGGCAGCAGGAGGCUGCCACAGGGCGAUUUGGAGAGGAGGCCACCGGGUUUGGGGGGCCAGAAGGCAGGUUGGCGGAGCCUGGAUGGAGAGCGGAACCAACUUCCCGUACUCAGGCAUGGCAGCAUGGGACUGGGCAGGUGCCGCGGUAUGCGGAGCGGCGUACGGUGCCACGAGUGGUCCGGCAUAGUCCGGUACGUCCUGUGCGAGCACCCCGCACGUGUCGUGCGAAGGUGGGUAUGCAGCCAGGACGGAGUGUGCCGGCUCAGCGCUCGUGGUCUCCAAUGCCUCUCCUCGGUCCCGGAUAUCCUGCUCCAUUGUCACGUGCUGUUAUGCCAGUACGGGUACACAGCCCUGUACGUCCUGUGCGGAUGCCUCACACAGAGUGUGUGAAGGUAGGCAUUCAGCCAGGACGGGUUGUGGCCGCUCUUCACUCCAGGUCUCCUAUCCGUCUCCACAGCCCGGUCCGGCCUGUUCCUGCCCCUCGCACCAAGCCUACGGUGCGCGUCGCCAGCCCGGCCCGGCCUGUUCCUGCCACUCGCACCAAGCCUACGGUGCGCGUCGCCAGCCCGGCCCGGCCUGUUCCUGCCCCUCACACCAAGCCUACGGUGCGCGUCGCCAGCCCGGCCCGGCCUGUUCCUGCCACUCGCACCAAGCCUACGGUGCGCGUCGCCAUCCCGGCCCGGCCUGUUCCUGCCACUCGCACCAAGCCUACGGUGCGCGUCGCCAGCCCGGCCCGGCCUGUUCCUGCCACUCGCACCAAGCCUACGGUGGGCGUCGCCAGCCCGGCCCGGCCAGUUCCUGCUACUGACACCAAGCCAGGGGUGCGAGACGUCAGCCUGGUAAGGCCCAUUGCUGCUCCACGCACCAAGCCUACGGUACGCGUCGCCAGCCCGGCCCGGCCUGUUCCUGCUACUCGCACCAAGCCAGGGGUGCGAGACGUCAGCCUGGUAAGGCCCGUUCCUCCUCCACGCACCAAGCCAGGGGUACGAGUCGUCAGCCUGGUAAGGCCCGUUCCUCCUCCACGCACCAAGCCAGGGGUGCGUAUCGUCAGCCCGGUCCGGCCCGUUGCUGCUCCUCGCACCAAGCCAGGGGUGCGCAUCGUCAGCCCGGUCCGGUCCGUUCCUGCUCCACGCACCAAGCCAGGGGUGCGCGUCGUCAGUCCGGCACAACCCGUGCCUGGGUCACCGGUGCCUGAUCAGGUACUGGUCGGCUGCUCCACACCGGAGCUGAAGCUAUCCGCUCCUACUAUGUCCAGUUCAGCUCCAGCCAGCGGGGCCAGAUCGGACCAGGGGCGCUAUGGGGGGAUUAUUGGAGGGUGGUGGGCAAGCCCGGAGCCAGAACCGCCGCCGAGGAGGAAUGCCCACCCAGCCCUCCCCUGUUUGGUUCUAGUUGAGGCGCGGUCGCAGUCCGCGCCUUUAGGGGGGGGUACUGUCACACCCUGGCUCUGGGACUCUAUAUGUUGAGCCAGGGUGUGUUCAUUCUAUGUGUUGUAUUUCUAUGUCGGGAGUUCUAGUUGUGCUGUUUCUAUGUUGGCCAGAGUGACUCCCAAUCAGAGGCAACGAGUGUCAGCUGUGGCUGGUUGUCUCUGAUUGGGAGCCAUAUUUAAAACUGUCUGUUUGCCCUUUGUCUUUUGUGGGAUCUUGUUCGAGUUGGUUUGUGUUUGACUGUUGACUGUCACGUUAUCGUUUUCUUGUUUUGUUCGUGCUUUCACUUAAUAAAGAAGUAUGUUCUACUCCAUACGACGAUCGUGACACCAUUAUUCUUUUAAAAAUUCUUCAAGCUCCUCAACCAUUUUCAUGUCUUGCCAUAGACUUUCAAGCCAAUUUAAGUCAAAACUGUAACUAGGCCACUCAGGAACAUUCAAUGUUGUCUUGGUAAGCAACUCCAGUAUAGAUUUGGCCUUGUGUUUUAGGUUAUUGUCCUGCUGAAAGGUGAAGUUGUCUCCCAGUGUCUGUUGGAUGUCACGGUUUCGGCCGAGGCUGCUCCUCCUCCUGGUUCGGGCAGGCUUCGGCGUUCGCCGUCCCCGGAAUACUAGCUGCCACCGUUGUAUGUUUCGUGUGUUGAUUGCUUUGGUCUGUCUGGUACACCUGUGUCUGUUUGUGUCCUAAUUACGUGUCCUAUAAGUUCCCUGUUUUGUGUUAGUUAUAUUGUGUGUUGUUGUCCGCGUGUCGUUUGAGCUGCGUGUUUUGCGCUCUACAUGUUUUGUUUUACGCAUGUUGCGUACUGUUCUCGCCUCUGUAUUUCGAGGUCGUGUAGUGAUUAUUGUUCACUUUACUAUAGUAAAGUUUGUUGGACUAAACCUCUGUGUCCUGCGCCUGACUCCUCAUCACAUCCACAUCGGUGCCAAACUGACAUUGGAAAGAAGACUGAACCAAGUUUUCCUCUAUGAUUUUGGUUGUGCUUAGCUUUAUUCUGGUUCUUUUUAUCCACAAAAACUCCCUUGUCCAUGCCGAUGACAAGCAUACCCAUUACAUGGUGCAGCCCCACCAUGCUUGAAAUAUGAAGAGUGGUAUUCAGUGAUGUGUUGUGUUGGAUUUGUCCCAAACAUAACGCUUUUUAUUCAGGACAAAAAGUUAAUUUCUUUGCCACAUUUUCUACAGUAUUACUUAAGUGCCUUGUUGCAAGCAGGAUGCAUGUUUUGGAAUAUUUGUAUUCUGUACAGGCUUCCUUAUUUUCACUCUGUCAUUUAGGUAAGUAUUGUGGAGUAACUACAAUGUUGUUGAUCCAUCCUCAGUUUUCUCAUAUCACAACCAUAAAACUCUGUAACUGUUUUAAAAUCACCAUUGGCCUCAUGGUGAAAUCCCUGAGCAGUUUCCUUCCUCUCCAUCAUCUGAGUUAAGAAGGACGCCUGUAUCUUUGUAGUGACUGGGUGUAUUGAUACGCCAUCCAAAGCCUAAUUAAUAACUUCACCAUGCUCAAAGGGAUAUUCAGCAUCUGCUUUUUUUCAUAUUUACCCAUCUACCAAUCCGUGCCCUUGUUUGCGUGGCAUUGAAAAACCUCCCAGAUCUUUGUGGUUGAAUCUGUGCUUAAAAUUCACUACUCGGUUGAGGGACCUUACAGAUAAUUGUAUGUGUGGGGUACAGAGAUGGGGAUUCAUUCAAAAAUCAUGUUAACCACUUUUGAACACAGAAUGAGUCCAUGUAAAUUAUUAUAUGACUUGUUAAGCACAUUUUUACUCCUGAACUUAUUUAGGCUUCCCAUAACAAAGUGGUUGAAUACUUAUUGACUCAACACAUUUCAGCUUUCCAUUUUUUAUAAAUUUUGAACAUUGACAUUAUGGUAAAUCAGUGACACAAAAUCUACAUUUAAUCAAUUUUAAAUUCUGUCUGUAGCACAACAAAAUGUGGAAAAAGUAAAGGGGUGUGAAUAGUUUCUGAAUACACUGCAUAUGGUAGUAUAAUAAUUAUAUUCACUGUAUGUAACAAUGCAUUAUACUGUACCUUAUCAGUUCAUUUCAGAAACGGGUGUGCAAAAUGUAAAGACUAAUGUUGAUGUUCCCAUUUCAGGACACAAUUAAUUUAAUUCUGAUUUCAGUUUUGGUGUUGAUGUUGCAUACAAUUACAUUUAGCCUAUGAAAUUAUGAUUGGCAAGGUAUGUUUGCAUGGAAUGUCUAUCUCCAGCAACUGCAACUGUUUCUCUCACUACAUCAAAACUGUUAGAAUCCUUUCAACAAUAAAUGUCUGUCACUGCUUUGCACUGUUCGUGGGUAUUUUUGCAAAUUACUUUAAUGCAAAUGUAGCCAAGUGCAGGUUUGAAGUAUCAAGGGACUUUGUGGGCAUAGGUCCUUGUGUUGUUGGAACCUUGUCACACCAGAUACUUUGAUGUCCACCGAACUGCAACAGUGUCACGAUCAAUUAAGAUCUGUCAAGGGUGAUUUAAGUCCUUCAAUUGUUAGAGCGUGAGUCAUAUCUCUUUUUAUGUUUUGUCGCUGUCGACAUUUACCUAGACCUGUGAAACAUUUGUUCUAUUAUUGAGUGCAUAGUUGGGAUAAUUUCCAACAUAGAGAACAGGCUGAUAUGGGUACUUCAUUUUUCAUCCAUAGUGAGAAUGUAUCUUACUGUCAUAAGAACGGUAUCAAUAGGAAUUUGGAUUCUGUUUGUAGAAACGGUUAGACAUAUCUUCUGUUAAACUCUUUUCAUUGUCAUACCUUGCAAAGAUUACAAAGAUGCCAGAGAGUUACAUCCUUUGAAAUUGUGGUGUACAGGUAAUUACACCAUUACUAGCAUAAUAAUUAACUACGUGAUAUAUUUAAUCAGAUGUUAAUAGUUGUUGUCCUGUGUUGUGAAAUAGGAUAAGUCUGGACGAGGGUAAGAAAUGGGAUCGUCACAGUUUCUCUCUGGCUCCUUUGUUUCUGGAUGGAGCUCUCAUGCAGCCAGAGAAUCACAUCAUCAUGUAAGUGGAGUCAGGGUUGGGUCAACAUUAAGUAAACACAUAACUCAUAUUCUAGGUUACAGGUCAUCUGGUUAUGAAAGUAAAAUAGUGUUGUUAUUAUGCAUGAACGGGUAAAUAGCACCUAAACUUAAUUUCUCAAUUUACAAUGUUUUGUUUGCCCAGAGGUGCUAUACACAUAGCUGUGUUUGCAAAGUUAUUUACUUUUGUUAAUGUGUUUACGUUGAACGUCUGGGCCACAGUAGCAAUAUACUAGUCUGGGAAGACCCAGCAUCUUAAUUUUACAAGAGACAAAGACAAUAAGGCUUAUAACUUACCUAUUGUUUUGUUUUGUUGAUUCAAGUUUCACUGGACACUUAAGUCGUGUUUCAGAAUGGCAGCUUAUAAAGAUUGACUACAAAGCCAUCUUUAGCAGGAGAUGCAUGGACGGAGAUUAUCAGACUUGGCACCUACAUAACAAGGUAACGUACAUAUUGAAAGUUAUUGAUUUGAUGCCAACAUCAAGAUGGGCAUGUUUGUUUAUUGUCACUGUAAACACAGCACAUGGAUGCAUGUGCACGUUCACACGCGCACACACGCACACGCGCACACACACACACAUACAUACAUACACAUACAUACAUACACACACAUAGCUGAAUCACAUUGUAUAUUCAUAUCAUUUCAGACUAUUCAGCAGUAAAAAACAUUGAAUCAAUGUAAUGAAAUUCACAGCAGGGAAUGAAAUGUAAUGCUGUUUGAUAGGGAGAGCCAUGUGUGAUGGGAGAGAAGCAGACCUUUAUGAAACGGAGGCCAGGGAACCGCUGUAUGCUGGCCCAGGACUACUCCCGAGUCAUAUCCUCAGAACCAUGCAUCUGCAGGGCAUAUGAUUUUGAAUGGUUAGUAAUGUUAUGGUAGACUUCCUCAGUUGUUACAUCAGUGAAUAGGCAAGGGGAUUGUAAAUGUAACCCAUCCCCCAACACUCUGCUGGACAUUAAAUGGAAUUGUUUCUUAAUUACUGGAGCCUCACAGGACUUAACAGCCCUCCUAAUCACAUAUCUAAUCACCACAACUAUUAGUUUGCUCAACUUUAUACUUCUUCAAUUUCCCAAAUGUUCUCCAGUUUAUUGCAUGUAGCCACUGUGUAUGCAUCCACACAAUCCAAUUAUAGUUUGCAAAUUGUGAAUGUGACUAAGCUUUACAUAAUGACAAAGGAUUUAUUAUCAUCCAAUUAAUAAGUAAUGAAUUGCUAAAUUCAUUCUAAAUGUAUUGUAUCUUUCUGUCUGAAAUUCUCUUUGAUCCAACAUCUGACAACAAUCAUGUCUUUAUUUAUGCUCUUAAAACUUGUAGUCAUACUAGAAAUGUGACCUAUUGCUCAACUACAAAAGCUUUUUAGUGUCAGCGAGGGGAAAGUAAAUAGCGUUUUCUGAACAGUCUCAUGUUUUACAGUGAUUAUGGGUAUGAACGUCAAGCUGAUGGAAAGUGUUCCCCUGCAUUUUGGUUUGACCCAAUCACGGUAACAAGAAGCUGUAGCACUAGCCAGAAUUACCUCAAUAGCACAGGGUAAGUAACUUGUACUAUCCCUCAUUCCUUCCUCCCUUGAGCAAAAUAACACUCUUUCUGUGCUGUGAUUUGAUAGUCAGUGUUUUCCCACUCAGUAAGUAUUGUUUUUGAUUGAAUAAGGCCCUUUGUUCAGCAAAUUACUCUCUCUGCAUUGUGAGACUACAGUAAAUCCAGUCUCACUCUCAAUUAUAAAAUUACAUCUAUGCUGUGAAUGUUGUCACUGGUAGGUACAGGAAGGUUUUGUCUAAUAACUGCAAAGAGGGAGGAAAGGAUGUGUACUCCCCCAGGAAACAGCAUUGUUCCCCCAGGCCUCCCAGAGGCCUCAGACUGACCACCAGCCAUGGAGACCUCACCGCCAACCUGGGCAGUAACGUCACCUUCCUGGUGCAUCUGGACGAUGUGAGUCUCCUCUCCCACCACUAACCAAUACUGUGUCAUUAGUAGGCAUAUUAUUAUUAUUUCAUCAUGGAGCUGUGGAAGUUUGUCCUGGAUUAUCUUGUGCUUUUGAAGUGUUGGAUGACGUGACAUCCCCAGAGCCUGAACCACCCUUGUCUGGUUUUGGAAUGAAAGAGCACUAUGACUCACUACAUUGUCUCUGUUUCUUUAUCUCUCACUUUCUCCUUCUGAUUUCUCUCUUGUUCUUUCUCAUUUCCAGAGUGCUUCUCCUAUGUCUAAUCUCAAAUCUCAUCCCAAGUAUUUCCCUAGACAACUCUUCCCUGUGAAGGAUAAUGCAGUGUCAUUACAAUCUGUUCUGACUAAUGAUGCCUGUCUUACUUCCUGUCUCCAGGGAAACCCGUUGUGGACUUAUAUCCAGCUAGACUUUGGGGAUGGCAUCACGGUCAUGUACAACCUGAGCCGGAGAGGCGAUGGGAUCAAACACAGCUAUAGAGCACCUGGGAUCUUCAGAGUGACAGCACAUGCUGAGAACAGCCAGGGAUAUGACAGCAGCUCCAUGUUCUUGCACAUCACCAGUAUGUCAACGAGAAACACUGGCUCUCUUAUGUCUCAUGUGGUUUCAUGAUUUUUCCUGCCCAAGCAUGUUAAGCCACUGACACCAGCAUAGAUUAUAGAUGAUCAUACGUCAACAACUAUAGAUUGACCUACAACAACAUUGAAUUUUAAGUGCUUAUGAAGCUGUUGGAUUUGUAAACUAACAAACUUACUGUUACCAAAAUGACUGCAUUUGGUUUGUAUUGGCCAAUGUGGUUACCUUGUGUGCUUUGGUGUGUCUCAGGCCCAGUGGAGCGUGUGUAUCUCUCAGCUCCUAUUGUGGCCAUCAGGAAGAAGGAAGCCAACCUAACUGCUGUGGUCUGGCCUGUCCACCACAGAACACUCACCUUCUUCUGGUGGUUUGAAAACAGCUCCGAGGUGAGAUUCCUUCACCCAAUUACACUGACCAGUCUUGCUGUAUCUGUGUGGGUGCUACACCUUGCCUAGUUCAGGUCCCUCGUUAUAUUGUAGAUUGGAAUUGUGUUUAUUCGCAGCAAGUUGUUUUGGUCCUUUUUGUAUUUCAUGUGUGCUGCAAAAGACAAGGUUGUGAGGUUUUCUAUGACAUUCUCUUUGUCUUGCGAAACCCAGUCCUUAAUAACCUUGGGUGGAAGCAUUGCGUACACGUUUCAGAAGGAGGGUAUGAACAGGGUCAUUGUCCAGGUGUCUUCUGGGUGCAACAUACUGCAGGAUACCAAGGUCAUCAUUGUUAAAGGUGAGUGGGAAGGACUCCUUCAAAGGCUUUUAAAUGAAUGUAACAUAAGUACGCAACUUGUUUUUAAUCACACAUCUUCUAUGUCCAUGUAAAUACUGCCUUGUUAGUGAAAAUGUGGAUGUCACCUCUACUCCUGUCUACUCACCUCUAUGUCAUGAGAAACAAGAGUAAAUUGUCAAUUCAUGUUAGGUUAUAAACAAUUCCAGAAAACUGAAGGAUUCUUAAUGGUAUGUUGCCACACGGCAAAGCUUUGUGGUAGAGGGUUCAUGGAAUCAUCCUCCAUGUUUCGCAGAGUUCUUCAAAUCCUUGCUGUUAUCAUUCUCUCCAACUUUGGAUGAGCACAACCCUGACAUCCCCAAGUGGAGAGAGGAUAUUGGCCGCGUGGUGAGGACAGCUGUGUCACAGGUACAGGAAAAAGUUCCCUCUGGAACGACAGUCGUCAUGAGGUUGUCACUAUUUCAAAACAUGAGAUAUGAUGAGGAUAACCCUCCUUAAUUCAAUGUGACAUUUUUAAGAAGUAAAGUUAACAUAGAUGUGUAGUAUCAUGUGUUUUCCAACAAUAGCAGUGUGUAUGUUUGACUGGAAGACUGCUGUUACAGGUGUCUGGGUUUCCAGAGGAGCAGCUGUUGGUAUCGUUGUUUCCAGGUGUUCCAACAACAGCAGAACUAUUUAUCCUGCCUGAGACUCAGUUGCCUGAACAUGGGAAAGGGGACAAAGAGGGCUUAGUGAAUGUAAACAUAUUUUGCUUCACUUCUUGCAAGAGUUUUUACUUUCGGAAAUCUUCUAGAACAUCUAAUCUUGUAAUUAAUCUCCUCAAAAUUCACAUUUGCAUCACCAAUGGGGUUAAACUGACUUAAUUUGUUUUCCAAGAUAAUGUUAUCAUCAACUUCAAAUUUGAAAGAAUAAUCUUUGCAAAUGCACAUUUUGGGGUGCCAUUUUUCAAUUCUGUCAAACAGAUAUCAGACAUUCUUAUAAAUGCCCUGAACCAAGGAUUGAUCCAGUUUGAGUUGAAACCUGACACUCAAAUAAUUGUUUACAUCACACAGCUAACUUCGGGUAAGUUGCAGUUUUUCUUUGACUCUUUCACAGUAUAAAGUGCUAAAUAACAAUGCAUAAACAAUUCAGAAUACUAUAAUAAGCACUGUACUGACACUCAAUUCACCACCUGAUGUCAACAGCAGAUAUUGAUGGACAUUUUUAAAUGAAUCUCUUUUGUAACUAGCUUAUUACAGUAGAUUGUCUUAUAGUCAUGCAAUCAAUGAAACGUUUAACAAUAUGUACCUUUAGUAUGCACCUUGGAAGUCAACGGGGUCAUUUGGAUAUUAGCAUAUCACCAAAACGUGUCGAUCAAGCACACAUGACUUUACCCUUUUCAUCAAGUUACUGAUCUGUCUUAAUUUGUGUCUGCAUGGAAAGGUCUGAGAUGCCUUUAAAAUGCUGUGGAAAGGUCACCGACUUCACUGGUCUCCUCUUGGAAGAGAGAAAGAUGGGUUGGGAGGGGUGGGCUAAUACAUACUCUGAAUAAUACGCCUCAGCACUUAAAGCCAUGACUAAGCGCAAACCUUUCAGAGGCUUAGGGAGAAAGAGCGGGAGCUCAUGGAUGGAGGCCCUUUUUAUGCCGUCUUAAAAUGAAACAUGACAGAUGCCGCUCCUUUUGAACCGCUCACUCAGACUUAUUGGACACAUGCUAAGUGAAUAAAAGUGAAUAAUUGCUAGUGUCUGCCCUUGUUUUCUCCCAUAGAAAUUGUUUCUGCUUUUACCAACUAUUUUUUGCAUGUUUGGCAUGAUUUGUUUACUUUAGUUUAUUAGGAUCCCCAUUAGCUGUAGCUCUUCUUGGGGUCCCCACAAAACAUAAAGUACAUGACAAAAUACAGAACAGUUAUAGACAAGAGUAACACAAAGACAUAACUACAUUAAAUUAAUGAUUUUAACAAAAUAAUUGGCUAAAGCAGAAAUCUGUAGGCUAAAGACUUGGUCUGUCUCUGUAUUUCUCCAGCACCUCUGGUUGAUUCCAACCCAAUUCACAGUAGCUCGGUCAUGCUGAUGUUGCUAUCUGUGGCGUUUGUUGGUUUAGCUGCAUUCUUCAUCUUCAAGUUCAAAAGGUAUGUUCUCGUAAUAAUAUUGAUUGGUUAGUUAUAGUCAACCAAUUCUUUCUUAUUUUGUCUUAGUGGCAUUCAAAAGGUACAUUAUACUCUUAACUAUUAACAAAGAAGUGAAGUUGUGACAGUACUGCAGGUUAAGUUCACAUGACGUCAGUAGAGUGGUGUCUGGCUUGUUAGGAAAAUCCCUUGGAUCCAUGUCCAGGCUGAGGAGAACCAGGAAAAGGAGCCGGAGAUGAUCGGCACCGUCGGGCAGAACAACCCCAUGUCCAAGAUGAAGCACAGUGAGUUCCCCUCAGAGAAGGAACUUAUGGUGAAAGAACUGGAGGCCAGGAGC